CAUUGUCUCGCUGUGAUCAAAUGUUUUCCGUGGGGUCUGUUACUGGAGCCUCGUCUCUCGCUGCUAGAGAUGCAGGCGCCAAUUUAUACAAAAUCAUUGACCACUCGUUCGAAAGUUUCAGCGAGAAAGUGCAACCCGCUGUCUGUCCAUUGUUUAGCUAGUUAUCACUCUCGUCAUAACUCGUUGAAACUAGCCAGAUGUCUGAUAAUCAACGUGAACCACUUGACUCUGCUGGCAGCAGUGACUCUGGCAUGGACUCGCCAGGUAACACAGCCGAAGCGUCUACAUUGACCGACCCUUCAUCACCAGAGAUGGAAGAGACAUUCUCGGCACCACCACGAACCAAUACAAACGCUUCUUCUAUUGUCGACAAAGCUCGGGCCAAGCAAUAUAUUCUGUCAUUCGACGGUGGAGGCAUACGUGGAUAUUCGAGUCUUCUGAUUGUCAGGUCCUUGAUGGAUCACAUUGCAAGGAUCGAGCAAGAGCCACCUGUGGCGCCAUCGAGCUUUACACCUAAGCACCCAAUUCGUCGCGAACAACCCAAUAAACAAGAAAGGGAGCGAGAAGAGUUGGGUGUCAGUCCGUUCGGGAAAUGGCGUGAAACGUGGCAGAGUACAAGCGAACUAAGGAGGAGUAAGAACGAAAUAAACAAGCGUGCGCUUAGAGGAGAACAGAUGCAAAAUGGCAAUGGUGGGGACCUUGGACACUCUCUUUCGGCGGAUGCCAGGAGUCGCGCGACCCGAGACAAGUAUCUUCCAUGCCACUAUUUUGAUUACAUUGGUGGCACAAGCACAGGCGGGCUCAUCAGUAUUAUGCUGAGUCGACUUCGCAUGAGUGUCGACGAGGCUAUUGAAGAAUAUGAACAUCUUGCGGGAUUUAUUUUUGGGCAUCCACGCAUCUUCUCGAUACGUGGACCCAUACCGUUCCCGCGCGACAAGUACAGCUCUAAACGGGUGGUCGAUGUCGUCCAGCAGGUCGUAUUGAGCCGCUUGUGUGGCAAGGACCCGUCGAUGGGCCAGGAUCUCUUCGCUUCACACGAACGCAUGUGCAAGACUAUUGUCGUCUCCUAUAUGAGUCGAAGAGUGGAGAACGAAGGGGUCUUUGUCAACGAACCUCCAUAUCUGUUCAGAAGUUAUGAUCAUCACCCUAACGUACCUAGAGUAGACGGAGGAACUCGGAAUCCCCUUGAACGGAACCCUGGAUACGCCCAUCGCAUCCCUAUUUGGCAAGUUGCGCGGGCAACAUCGGCAGCACCAACAUAUUUCAAUCCCAUCACCAUCGACGACCAUAAAUUUCUCGAUGGCGGCUUUGGGACAAAUAACCCUGCCGAAGACAUAUAUCGCGAGGUAUGCCAAAUGAACGGAAACGACAAAGGCUCUGUCGGUAUUCUAGUAAGCAUCGGUACCGGUCAGUCUAAAGUGUCACGCUUUGCCAAAGGAUCGUGGGGCAAGUACUUCGCCAUUCUCAAAGCUGCGAAACAGAUCGCCGUGAAUGCGGAAGAUGUGCACGAUAGGAUGGACGACAAUCUCAAUCCAUCCCCAGGCAGUAGCGGCCCGCGAAGAUAUUAUCGCUUCAACGUCCCUUAUUCUCGGUGCAAGCCAGCCCCGGCAGAAGGCUUGGAAUCCAGUGAGGAAAGCAAGAUGAAGCCACUGGGGGAAAUGGCUCUAGAUGAAUGGAAGGCCGAAUCGAAGGUAUUAAAGCGCAGCUGCAAUACCACUCUUCGGGACAUCAAGGCAGCAACAGAAGCAUACCUAUCAGGUGAAAAGGCCCAAGCGGAAUUGGAAAGUGUUGCUAAAAGACUUGUCAUGACGAGGAGAGAGCGCUGCAAGAUGGAUGACUGGGAGCUUGUAAGUACAGGCACUCAGUAUCGUUGUGUAUAUACGCAGUGUCAUAGCUUGAAAAGUCAGAAGAUGAGAGCGAAAGAGAGUAGUCUGAGGAGUCACUUGAAACAUGCUCAUGGCCUCGGGGUGGAGGACACAGAGCAAUAUGUUGCGCUUGGCCGAUGUCCUUCUUGAUUAGCAAGUUGUAUUUUUGAUGUAUGAGAUUGCUUUAGGGAGCUGUACGCUGGCGAGCGAAUGUUUAGCAAAAUUCGAAAUGUGUAUUCUAAAGCGAAGCUCCGCACAAGAAACAAGGGGAUGACAAUUUCGAGACCGUCUUGGUAAUGCAUUUUAGGAGUACGUUAUCGCUUAUUCUGAUGUUUUAUAAAACUCC